AAGUCUGUCUGAAAUCAAUUUCUGGAGAAACCAUGUACAAACGCUGGCUGUAAAGUCAUUGCCUGAUAAGGGAUCAAGCAAGUCAUCAAAGUUUAGAUGCAGCAACGACGACUCUUCUGAGGAGAGUCGUGUUUUGAAGCAAGCAGGAAUAUCUGGAGGAGUAUUAGCUGAACUGAGGUCUGCUGUUGUGAAGAUGGUGUUUGUUAAAGAGGAGAGAGAGGAGAACACUAGUGAACCAGAAACAUGGAGAAUAAAACAGGAGGAACCAGAAACCUGGAGAAUAAAACAGGAGGAACAAGGAGAAGAAAAUGAGGAGAACGAAGAAUUGGGUGAAGUUGAGGAGAAAAAUCAUUUGAGUUACUCUCAAACCAAACAGAAAGAUAUAAAGAAAAGAAGAGCCAAGAAAUCUUUCACCUGCACUCAGUGUGGAAAGAAUUUCACAAGCAAAACAAGUAUUGACCGUCACAUGAGAAUUCACUCGGGAGAGAAACCGUACACAUGUGAUCAAUGUGGGAGGAGUUUCACACAAUCAGCAAACCUUAAGGUACACAUGAACAUCCACACUGGAGAAAAACCAUACGAGUGUUCACACUGUGACAAGAGAUUCAGUUGGUCAGGACAACUGGAAAAACAUGAGAGGAUCCACACUGGAGAGAAACAUCAUAAGUGUUCACACUGUGAUGAGAGAUUCAGUACGUUUCGAGACCUGAAAGCACACGAGAGGAUCCACACUGGAGAGAAACCUCAUAAGUGUUCACACUGUGACAAGAGAUUCAGUAAGUCUCGAGACCUGAAAGCACAUGAGAGGAUUCACACUGGAGAGAAACCGUACAAGUGUUCACACUGUGACAAAAGAUUCAGUUGGUAUGGAUACCUGAAAACACAUGAGAGGAUUCACACUGGAGAGAAACCGUACAAGUGUUCACACUGUGACAAAAGAUUCAGUUGGUCUGGAUAUCUGAAAACACAUGAGAGGAUUCACACUGGAGAGAAACCAUACACAUGUGAUCAGUGCGGGAAGAGUUUCACACAAAAAGUAAACCUUAUGACGCACAUGAGAGUUCAUACUGGAGAGAAACAGUUCACUUGUGAGCAAUGUGGGAAGUGUUUCACACACUCAGCAAACCUUAAGGUACACAUGAACAUCCACACUAGAGAGAAGAUGCAUACAUGUGAUCAAUGUGGCAAAACAUUUUUGUGGGCUUCAUACCUGAAGAAACACCUGACAGUUCAUACAAAGGAGAAGCCAUAUUCAUGUCAUUUGUGUGGAAAGAGUUAUUCAUUACUACAAAGUUUAAAAGCACAUCAGAAAAUGCAUACUGUUAUGAGAGAGUACACAUGCUUUGAGUGUGAAAAGACUUUUACUUCAGUAAGCAGUUUAAAACAGCACCAGAGGAUCCACACUGGAGAAAAACCUUACAAGUGUUCACACUGUGACAAGAAAUUCAUUCAGUCAAUACAUCUGAAAAGACAUGAGAGGAUCCACACUGGAGAGAAACUGUAUCACUGCACUGCGUGUGGGAAGCGUUUCAAUCAAUUGUCUUCCCUACAGAGUCAUACAAAGGACAAUCACAGUAAGUAGAUCAUCUUCAGAUCCAGCUCUUUCAGGUCUCCUCACCCAAUGCAACUCAAUAAUGCAUCAAGCAAUAAAAUAUCAUCUGGAUAAAUCUGUCCUAACCAGACAUUACAAGUGACAUGACAAAGAAACAUCAUCUAAAGUUUUCACAGUGAAUAAAGUUCAUCUUCAUCUUCAAAACCAGCAGAUUCAACUUGAUUCAGAUCAACUCAAAGAUGGAGUUCCUCCCCAAAGAACAAUGUCAAAACAUUUUAUUAUUGUGUAUCAUUUUGCUUCAUGAUAUAAAUUAUAUUAUUGUGAUUUUCUUAUGAGUUUCAUAUAAUGUUCAAUUGUCUCAUAUUGCAUACAGUAUGUGUCACGUGUAGUUUACUUACUCUUUCAUGAAGGAAAGUAGAAGCUUUUUCCAAACUGUUCUUGUUCAGGAAGCUGAUGAAGUGACUGUAACACUUGAGCUUUAAUUUUAAUGUGUUCUUCAUUGUUGAUUUUAAAAUGACUGAGUUAUUCUUCCACUUAAGAUGUAUUUAGUAAAUCAGAUACAAGAUAUACUGUCAUAUAGCUUUGUAAUUGAUCCUUAUUUUCUUGUAAGUAUGGAUGGGUACCUGAGCCCUGUGGCAAAAUUAUGAAAGACUAGUAUCAAUAAGCUCUAAUGUUAACUCUUCUGCUUUUGGAGCUGGGGAAAUUAAGGAAAUACACUUACAAUUUAUCAUUGGUAAAUAAAUAUCAAGCUAACUGUAUCUUGCCAACCAUUUCUACAUGCGAUAAUAUCAAUACAUUCUUCACUGAGGCAUUUUCGUUAUUUUGCAAUCCAGAAGUGAGAUCUCUCUUGUACUUUAGGGCUGUGUGAUUUAUCUAAUUUUAUUUUCGACUGAGUUUGACUUCCGAGGAUUAUGAAAACAGGUUGUUUAAGUAAUUAUUAGAGAAAAUAUGAUGUCUUGAGGACUUUAUGGCCGUUAAGUCCAUGUGACCGUAGUAAUCCAUUAUUAUGAGUUUGCGCCACUGAUCUAUAAUAGAGAUCACGAUUGCUCAUGACAGCAUAGAAGUGAAGCCACUGCAGCGCCAUAUUGUUAUUCACUAGUGCUCCCAUCCAUUCUAUUGAAUUGAGUAAAUCGUAUGAUUUCAAUGAGAAAACCACCUAACGAGUCAGCGUUUUUAUAUGUGAAGUAUCUGAAUAAAAUUGUAUACUUUGUAUGCACACAUACCUUAAUUCACAAGUAUUCACUGUUUAUGCAAUUGUUGUUAUAUUGUUUUUAUUUGUAACUGCAAAUGUUUCAACAACGAUUUCAUUAACAGUCUGCAUUUUGAAGCAUUUAAUGAUUUUAAGGGUUGAUUAAAUUAAUAAGCGAUAUAUACAUAACAUUUUACCGCAUCACAGUAGUACCACAUUCACAGUUUUCGAUUAAAUUACAUUAAAUUUGUCCCGAAUCGUUGUUAUUGUACAUAAUGAAUUAUGUAUUGUGCAUUUUCAGCAAAUGUUUGUCCUUCUGUGCCUCUAAUAAAGUUUGUAUGCUUCACUUAUAGACCUAUAAUAUAGAUUGCGCUUUCUCUUUCCAUUUGCUGAGUUUUUUUUAACUCAAUUAUGCCUCAUUGUUCAAUCUUGAAGUAAACUGAUGUCUGUUUGGUGAUUAAAUAAACAGUUUUAG